CGCAUAGAUUUUUUUCUUUCUUUUUUUUUUUUUUCUCCUUUUUAAACUCUUUCAUAAUGUCUGAACAUCAGGCACAAGACUUACUUUUACAGGCAGAAAAAAAAUUAAAUAGCUGGACAUGGUUUAAUUCAACAAACAAACAAGAGGAUGCUGCUGAAAUAUAUGAAAAGGCUGGAAAUACUUUUAAAUUAGCUCAACGAUGGAAAGAUGCUGGCAAUGCGUAUGUAAAAGCAGCUGAACUGUACAAGACAACGCCUGAUUUACAUUAUGAAUCGUCCAAGUCCUUUGAGAAUGCUGCAAAGUGUCUGAAACGAAUUGAUGCAGAAGCUGCAAUCGAUGCCUUGAAAAAUGCAAUCAUGAUAGACAAAGAGACUUCGAAUUUUAGAAAUGCGGCAAAGCAUCACCAAGAAAUUGCUGAAAUAUACGAAAGCGAUAUAAUAGAUUUGAAUGGAGCCAAAGAGAAUUGGGAAGAGGCAUCAAAUUUAUACAUGGCAGACGAUUCUCCCGCCAUGAUUAAUAAAUGUCUGCUCAAAGUAGCUCAUUUUGCUGCUCAAUUAGAACAAUACCAAGUCGCCAUAAAUAAUUUUGAGAGGGUAGCAACAGAGUCGGUGGAUAAUCAAUUAACAAAAUGGUCGAUAAAGGAGUACUUUUUAAAGGCGGGGUUGUGUUCAAUGUGUAUAGGGGACACCGUAAAAAGUCACCAGUUGCUAGGUAAAUACUGUGCCAUGGAUUUAUCCUUUGAAAAUACCCGAGAAUACCAGUUUUUGUUAGGCAUUUUGGGUUGUAUCGAAAAUAAUGAUCAGGACUUAUUUAGUCAAAAGGUCUAUGAAUUUGAUCAGUUGACCAAACUUGAUAACUGGAAAAUCAGUAUAUUAUUAAAGAUUAAAAAGUCCAUGGAUAUGUCGCUACUGUAACUUUUUUUUUCCUUUCAUACAAUAAAGAAUCUCUCUCUGAGUGCUAUUGUACACUUAUUCUUGCAUAAAAAAUAAAUGAUUGUGUGACUAUAAGUCUACCAGAU